AACCAGAACCACCUUGCACAUAUCAUGGUUUCAAAAGCUUGAUGUGAUCCUUGGGGGUUUUUCAUGUUCAUUCUAUUGCUUUCUUAUAUAUAUGAGGUGUUAUUCUUUCUUCCAGGCGUUCUGUUGCAUUUAGUUGGCCAAUAGACAUGACGAGAAACUAUUCGGUUUCACGGGGCCUCCUCCUUUUCUGUCUUGUCCUCUCCACUAAUGUUCUUGACGCUGCAAAUGCAAGAAAAUUGCAGCUCGCGAGUAGCAUGAGUGCUCAUGAAAUGGGAAAUGGCCUUCCAGAGAACACAAACGUUAAAAAGGAAGUGAACCUUCUAGAGCUCACGGUUGGAGGUUAUGGGGGAGUAUCACCUGGUGGUGGCUCUGGCAUCGGGAUGAACGGAGGCUUUGGCUCAGGUUACGGUGGUUCUGGAUCCGGUGGGGCUGGAGGUGGUGGAUUCGGUUCGGGCAUUGGUUAUGGGUCGGAUGGUGGGUAUGGACCUGGAAUUGGGUAUGGCUCAGAUUCAGGCUUUGGUGGUGGCGGUGGUGGGUUAGGCGGCUCAGGUGGCAUCGGAGGUGGUGGAAUAGGCGGCUCAGGUGGCAUUGGAGGUAGUGGUGGCGGUGGUGGAUUAGGCGGUUCAGGGGGCAUUGGAGGUGGUGGAAUAGGCGGUUCAGGUGGCAUUGGAGGUGGAGUAGGCGGUGGUGGCGGUGGUGGAUUAGGCGGUUCAGGUGGCAUUGGAGGUGGCGGUGGAGUAAGUGGUUCAGGAGGCGGUGGCGGCGGAGUUGGCGGUUCAGGAGGCACGGGUGGUGGUAGUGGUGGCGGUGGUGGUUAUGGAGGCAACAUGAAUAAUCCUUGAUCCAUGAGUGAGAGCGAGCGUUGGCGGGCAACGGCAACUCUGUAUGGUGCUUAAUUAAUUGCUAAGAUGAUUAACGGGACAAGGAUCUUAAUUAAGGACACAAAUAAAUAUAAUACUUGUUUCUCUUA